AUGAUCACAUGGGUCGUCCUGCUGCUCGUGGCUUCCACGGCCGCCCUCGAUCCAACGAGCCGCAAGACUGUAGAUAUUGGACUACAUGAUCCGGUCGACGGUGCAUUUGAGGUGCCUCGCCUACCUGGCUAUGAUGGCGAGCUGCCGUCGCGCCACCGUGCCGGCUACGUGACCGUCGCGCCGGACGUUGGGCGGCGCCUUUAUUACUACCUGGUCGGAUCUGAGUCACCGACCGCGGACGACGACCCCUUGGUGAUCUGGCUGACCGGCGGCCCAGGCUGCAGCAGCCUCGACGCUUUUACCUAUGAGAACGGGCCCUUUAUCUUCGAGCUUUCCACAAGUGCGGGCCCCGCCCACCACGGCCGCGCGCCCUCUGCCGCGGACGUGUCGCUGCGGCGCAACCCCUACUCGUGGUCGCGCGAGGCUCAUGUGCUAUAUGUUGACUCACCGGCCGGCACUGGCAUGUCCUACUCCCUCGAGGCACCAGAGGAUGGUUACUACACCGACGACCACCAGACUGUGGACGACCUGCUGGCCCUGGUGCUGGGGGUCCUGAGCGACGUGCCCGACAUGAGGGGGCGAGACGUUUACAUAGCGGGGGAGUCCUACGGCGGCGUUUAUGUGCCGCUGCUGGCUGAGCGCAUUCUGCGGCACAACAAGGACCUGGCGGCGCAGCAGGAGGGUCAGCGCAAGGACAAGGCAACCCUGCCCAACCAGCAGCCGCACCAGCAGCAGCAGCAGCAGCCGCAACACCAGCAGCAGCAGCAGCAGCAGCAGCAUGAUCAGUCCAGCCGCGGCAUCCUGCGGCGGUGGCUCUUGUCCAGCAACAGCCAGGCUCGCAGCUUACAAGCAGGCAGCAGCGGCAGCAGCGGCGGCGGCGGCGGCAGCAGCACAGGCAGCAGCGGGGUCAGGGUGGGGCGUGACUUGGCGCUCGACCACCACCACAGGGUGGACCUGGUGGGCUACAUGGUGGGGAACGGUGUGACUGAUGACCAAGUGGACGGUGACAGCCUGGUCCCUUACGCCUGGGACGCUGGCCUGCUCGAUAAGGACACUCACGAUUUCGUGAACCGCGCCUGCAACGGCUCCUACUGGGAUGUAAAAAAGGGCACCGCCUGCUGGGACGCCUUGGACGUGGUGGAUGCUGCCAUCGGCGACAUCAACCCCUACGACACCCUCAGCCCCUGCUUCUUCCCGCGUGCCAAGCCCCACGCCGGCACGGCCGCGAGCGAGGCCGUCAGCGUCAGCGGCCCGAGGGCUGCGUGGCCGCGUAGCCCGCGUUUCCCAGCGGGGCAACCAGUGUCCAACUGGUGGACGGUGUCCGGUGCAGAGGGUCAGGGUGCGCUGGGGGUCGAGGUUGCCACAGGCGGCGCGGAGGAGGGGGGGCUGAGCGAGGGUGAGCAGCAUGAUGCGCGCGGCAUGCUGGGGCACACGAUCCCGUGUGCGGACAGGCGGGCGGCGCUGGCAUACUACAACGAUCCCGAAGUGCGGCGCGCCAUCCACGCCGCACCCCACCGCGCCGCCGGCAGAUGGGAGCCCUGCAGCGACGUUCUGCACUACACCCACACAGCACCCAGCAUGAUCCCAGUCCACAGGCGCCUGAUCGCGGCCGGACUGCGCGGGCUGGUUUUCAGCGGACUGCAGGACUACGUCGUACCCUUCACUGGCAGCCGCAAGUGGGUGGCCGGCCUGGGGCUGCCCACGCAGCUGCCCUGGCGCCCUUGGAAGCUCGGCAGGCAGGUGGCAGGCCAUGCGGUCAGGUACAGGGCUGAGGGGGAGGGGCCGCUCACGUAUGCGACGGUGAUUGGGGCGGGACACAUGGUGCCGCAGACGCGGCCGCGGUCGGCGCUUGCGCUGCUGCGCGCUUUCCUGAGGCGCGAGGUUUGA